AUGUCGACCCGGGCUGGGCUCCUCGUCCAUUACACCGCACGCCAGAUUGGCGCCACCCGCAUCCGGACCUUGCCACCCGCCCACCGCCUGCUCAAGACAGCGACAUGGCCUUCGACGCACUCGCGUUCUCCCUUGCCCUCCGCCGCCUACCCGUAUCCACGAGCUCUCCACGUCUCUGUAUGCGUAACCGACUCCAACGUUACACCGCCUGGCUCAACUGCCAAGCACCACGCCGAAACACAGGCGCCCGUGACGACGACGCUGCGGCCUGGACUCGCCGGCAACCCGGACAACCAAGCUGGCGUGGGCAUCGCCGGGCAUGGUGCGGAAGGCGCACAUCCCGGCGACUCCCUCACGCGCGGCGCCAUUGUCCCGGCGCCUGACCAUGCGUACAUGCCCACCUACACGCCCGAGGAACUGGAUGUUGUCAAGGUCGUCGUCCGUCCGCCAGAGGGAUUGGGAGACAAGACGGUUGUGGGCUUUGUCACGCUUGUUCGUAAGACAUUCGACUGGUUCUCGGGGUACAAGGCAGAGGUGAUUCCCGCCUCGGCACUGGAAACCACCACGGUUGAGCAGCUCCGUAACGACAGCCGGCUGCUGAGUGACAAGCAAUGGCUCUUUCGCAUCAUCUUGCUCGAGUCCAUCGCCGGCGUGCCAGGUAUGGUUGGCGGAGCGAUGCGGCACCUCAAGAGCCUGCGGGCACUGCGCCGCGACGGCGGGUGGAUCCACACGUUGCUGGAGGAGGCUGAGAAUGAACGCAUGCACUUGCUCACCUUCCUCGCCAUCCGUCAACCGGGCAUCAUUCUCCGUUCCUUUGUCCUCGCCGGACAGGGCGUGUUCGGUACCUUUUUCCUCGCGACCUACAUUGUCAGUCCGAAAUCUGCCCAUCGGUUCGUCGCCACGCUGGAGGAGGAGGCGGUGAGGACAUACACACACUGUGUACAUGACGUCCAGUCAGGCCUGGUGCCCGAAUGGACCAGUCUCGACGCCCCGGCCAUUGCCAAGGACUAUUGGCGCCUGGCGCCGGACGCGGUCAUGCUCGACGUCCUCAAGGCCGUGCGUGCCGACGAGGCCACACACCGGUUCGUCAACCACACCCUCGCAGACUUGGACCAAGCCAAGGAUUUUAACCCCUUUGCGCUCGCCGAGCCGGCGCCAGAGGUGCGCGGUACCAAGUGGGGUUUCACGCGCGACGAGAGCCGCGAGUUUGUGCAGGAGAUUGGCAAGCAGCUGGAGCAGCAGGAAAGGCACAGCAAAGUGCAUGGGAUGAAGGGGCUUGAGGUGCCAGAUGAGAAGGGUCGCGGUGCAGGGUAG